UGAGCAGGUAGCGUUCAGAGGCUUUUUACAGCUUCUUCUUCUCUGGAAGCGACGCUCUGAGAGCUGAGAGCGAACCAGAGCAGUAUAAUUGCGGCCGGACAGAUAAACAACGAGCUGAAAGUCUCCAUGAAGCUCCGUAAAGCCGAGCGGAGCUGCAGGUUCAGCUGCUGAUUCUCUGGAGGUUCAUCACUAUGAGAGACGCCUUAAAACAUUCUCACAUUGUCAUUUCAUGCAUUAAUGUAAAAAUGUUGAUUAUAGCUCGAUAGUUACAUCACAUGUGUUGGUAAAUGUCUGUUGACACUAGAGGCUACAGAACAGAAGGAGUCUCAGUACUGGACCAGAACAGAACACGUCAGCUGCUGAAAAGUGGGUCACAACCCAGAAAUGAGAAGCUGUUAUAACUGAACAGGAGGGAGAGGGAGGUGUGAAUCGGCUAUCAGACGGGCUGGAAGAAAACAAGAGAUGACAGAAGAGAAAUCAGGAAAGAGUGAGGAGGAGUGAGAGAGAGAGAGAAGAGGAUGGAGUGCUGAAGGACAGAAGCAUUAGGAGAGGAGAGGACAGAGGUUUAAAGGAGUUAAAAAAAAUAAGCUGGAAAACAAAGAUUGUGAGGGGAAACGGAGGAAAGACAAAGUGUGAGAAGCCUUCCGGUCAGAGGAAGUGUUGGGAAGGUGAACAGCUGACUAGUCGAGGUGAGGAAGAGGGGGGUGCAGAGGGCAGAGAAGGAGAGCUGAGCGAAGAACCAGCCAGAGCAGUUCAGAGAGGAGAACAUCCAUGAUGGACGUUAAUGAGAGCAGAGAUGGAUAUGAAGGGCCGUUGGCACCCGGCUCUUCUCAGAUGGUGUUUAUUCACACACUGUCUGCGAGUGAGCAGGGAGGAUUGUGGGUAAGGACAGUGCUUUGACGUCUGGUCUGAGGGGAAGCCAGUUUUUUUUGCACGUUUGCAUAUGUGCGCCGUACAGGCUUGAAUACUGCCAGAAAGGUACAAAUGAUCUUUUUUUUGUUUUUUUUUUCUGUUUUUAAUUAUUUUUAAACUUUAUUUCCACAGCCCAAAAUCACAAGUUUGCCUCAAAGGGCUCAACAGUCUGUACAAGAUACGACCGCGUCUCUCCUGAGACUCUCGAUUCGGAUAAGGAAAAACUCCAAAACAGCCACGCAUUACAUGCCGUGCGUACAGAAUAGGCCGAUAUUUUAAAAAAGUUAAAUUCCAAUAUAAUGGAAAAUCCUAAUGACAAUAUUAUUAGAUUUUGCAAAAUGACCAAGAAACUGUCAUUUUGAACUCCUAUCACAUCUUUACGUACUGUAUCAUAUUAUAUGAAUUAUAGGCAUCUGCAGAAACUGUUAACACACUCAAACCCUGUUACGACAAAAGCAUUUUGCUCAUUUUCUCUUUAUAAUGAGAAACGUUUCUCGUUUUUGCGAGAUCCUUUUCGUGUUAUCACAAGAUAUUUUUCGUCUUAUUAUGACGUAUUUUUAAGAUAAUUUGGUAUCUUGUAAUAACAUGAAAUAUAUCACAAUAGCAUGAAAAACGUUAUAAUGUGAAAAGGAUCUUGUAAAAACAAGGAGUUUCUCGUUAUACAGAGAAGCUGAGCACAGUUUGUUUGUCAUACCCUUUUACCUUUUAUUUGUGAUUCUUCUUUUUCUGCAAACUUUGAAUCCAGUCCUCUUGUCCAAAAACCAACAAGUCCUCCAAAUUAAACGCUAAUCGUUGACUGUCAGUAGGAAACAGGAAGCGACCGGUCCGUUCGCGCCGACCUCCUCCCUCUGUCGACUCUGUCGCUCUAUAAUAACGUCGCCCGACAGACGAGUCCGAAUUCUUUCGGCUGCUAGAGGGCGCUGUCACUUGUCGUUUUUGGGGCGUUUGCUGAAUUGUCGUCGUUUUUCGUGUGAGGACAAGUCUCUUCUUUCUGUUUGGGCUUUCAAGUCAAAGUUCAAGUGAAGUGACGAUGGCUCGUUAAAGCUGACUGUUUUUGAUUCUAACAAAUCAAGUCUGAAGUCGUAGAAUUUGUAACUUGGGUCUGAGUCCAGGUCAUGUGACUUGCCAGCCGCUGUCCAAAGUGAUCAACGCUGAGUAGUAGAAGUGCGUCACGUUUAGGGGAAAGGCUUCGGGAAAAACAGCAUCAGCGAGUAACGCAAGAUGGGGAACACGGUAAAUAUUAUACCCGUGAAGUGUCAGCAUGUUAGCAUGCUAAGGUUAGCAUUUCGCUCAAGGUAAAGCAAGUUUAUUUGUAUCGCAGCUUUCAACGAGGCAACAAGUCCUUUGCAUAAGACCGUUUAAAAGGACAAAGAUAAAAAAAUAAGUUAAAGCGGCAUAAAACAGGAGAAUAAAGCGCAGGAUAUAAAUAAACAGUCCCAAAUAUAUUUUAAUAAAACGCAGCAUAGCCCUGAUUUUAAAAGAACUGAGAGUUGGAGCAGAAGUUUUCUGGGAGUUCGUUCCAGAUAUGUGGAGCAUAAAAACUGAGCGCUGCUUCUCCGGGUUUAGUUUUGACUCCGGGGACAGAAAGCAGACCUGAACCCAGACCACCUGAGAGGUCUGGACGCUUCAUGACGGAGCAGUAUCGUGUUUCUGCUGUUUCGCUCGGGGAGCUGUGUUUUUUCACGCAGGGCUGAAGUCCGUCUGAACACGGCCUUGGUAUUGUCUUCAGCUCCGUCUUGAUUUGUUCUGUUCGUUCUGCACCUCGUCUUUUUCCCCAUUCCUUAUCUUCGUCUCCCCUCUCAUACGCCUCCUUUCUGCCGCGCUCAUUUUCCUUUCCUCCUUUUUAUUAGCUUGCUUGUUUUUGCAUCUUUUUCACUGUAUCAUACAGACAAACUUGGGAUACUUCAUCGCGAAGGUAAAAAAACCAACCCAACGAGGCAUCUCUUCCCCUACAGCGCAGUCCGGAUAUGUAUUCUUCCACAUAUAACAUCAACCUACGAGGGCACCUGAGGAUAAAUACAUCGUGAAUCAAUACUCAUUCAUAAUUUAAGAGCCUGUGGAACCAGGUGAAAGAGAACGACCCUGGGAUGACGUAAACAGACGUGUCUGAAACUCCGUUUCUCUGGAUGAUUAUAUGGUUUAGACUGCCGGAGUGCUGGUCGACAGGCCUCUCAUUAUAUUGAUUUCCUGCCUCAGCGGCUGCAGUGCAUUUUAAGUAAAAAGCAGUUAUAGUACAUACUGCUGAUUUCUCUGAAUGGUUUUCUUCUCCCUGUAUUCUUCUUCCUCUCGCCCUUUAGCUACUCCUCCCUUUGUUUCGUGCACGUACGGACACACAUGGACACACACACUCGGUUUGCACGUAUAAAAGGUGUGCAUGGGACGGGUUAAGGGUCAGUCUGACCUCGUCAAGGUUCUCCAGUGACGUCCAACGCAGCGGUGGCUACGGAGAUUUACUUCAGAUUUCUCAUUCUGUGGUUGCAAACAAAUGCUCGACUUAACAGCUCUCUCUCUCUCUCUUUAAGAGCAGGGUGGCCGAGCGGUUAGAAAGACCAAAUUAAAAAGGUCACACCAUCGCAGGUUCGAUCCCUGCAACAGCCCAGGCAUCUAUCGUGUUAUUACCCAGUGCGAUAAUACAAUGUAAAAGCAGUGUAGCACAAGCAGUAGUUAGAUUCACAAUAUGGAAACGUGUCUUUGGCUUCACGGCUCGCAGCUGGGAGCAGCUGCCAGCCAACAACAUACACCGCACUACUCCACGUCGCUGUUUUGGUUUUGUGGAUUAAACAAGAUGACAUAGCAUAUUUAUUAGAGAGCUUUAGAGGUGCUGAUAGGUGGAUUUUUUAUUUUUAUUUUACCUUUGGACAGAACCAGGCUAGCUGUUCCCCCCCGUUUCCAGUCUUUGUGCUAAGCUAAGCUAAUCAGAGUGGUAUCAACCUUCUCAUCUAACUCUCUGCCAGAAAGUGAAUUUUUAUACUUCCCAAAAUGUUCAACUAAGAGUUCCCUUCGUAGAAAGUGAGGGGCCUAAAAGUAGACAGAACACAAGCACGGGUAGGCUCUGGCUGCAUACAGCAGUUCACAUCUGUUACUGAUUCAGUUUCAUUUGCGUUUUGCAUGUUUUUGUUUCAUUCAUGCAGGUGUUUUGUCAUAUACUUGCUUUAGGGGAGAAGAAGCAAAGAGGAGUCUCCCCGCACCUGCAGCGCUCUUGGUGUUGGCAAUGCGCAACUGCAACAACAUCCGUCACAUCUCUCCCUCUCCAUCGCCCUCCCCCUCCUCCUCCUCCUCCUCCUCCUCCUCAAUGAGACCCGAGCGGACCGACCAACCUGCAUCCGCGCUGUGUCGUAGCCAGGCUCCUCCAGCUGUUCCUCUGUACCUGAGUGAGCCUGCGCAAUGGGCACUCGUCGGGGAAACCAAUAGCGCGUCUGCGCUGGCGAACAGGGAGAGAGGGAGAGACAACGCGCGCACCGAGGCGGUCCGAGCAGACGGGAUGAAGCAGGAGCACACGGGCUGUUUCCUCCGGUAAACAAGCGGGGCAGGAGCCUGGAAAUCACCGGCCGAACGCGGAGGGGGGGGAUUUCGGGGGACACAGCGAUGGCGACGGGAGGUGGAGGAGUGAGGCGGAGGAGGAAAGCGGGGCUCCCGGGACUCUGCUGGAAAACCUGCUACUUUCCCAUUUUGUUCUGGGUCGUUUCCGUCUGCGGAGAGGAGAACACGUUGAUCGUAGAGACGUGGCUGAAGAACUACGGCUACCUGCUGCCUCACGAUGUCCGCACGUCAGACCUCCGGCAGGAGAAAGCCAUGCAGUCCGCCGUGGCCGCAAUGCAGCGCUUCUACGGCAUUCCUGUGACGGGAAUACUGGACGAGACGACUAUAGAGUGGAUGAGGAGACCUCGCUGUGGCGUCCCAGAUCAUCCUCACACCAGCCGCCGGCAGAGGAAUAAACGCUACGCCCUGACGGGACAGAAAUGGAGAGAUAAAAAGAUCUCCUACAGCAUAUCUAACUUCACCCCUAAAGUGGGAGAGAAGGACACCCAGCGAGCGAUCCGACAAGCCUUCAACGUGUGGCAGACUGUCACUCCGCUCUCCUUCCAGGAGGUACCGUACUCAGAGAUCAAGAACGAGGGCAAGGAGGCUGACAUCAUGAUCUUCUUCGCCUCUGGUUUCCACGGUGACAGCUCGCCGUUCGACGGAGAGGGGGGUUUCCUGGCCCACGCCUACUUCCCCGGCGCUGGCAUCGGAGGAGACACACACUUUGACUCUGACGAGCCGUGGACGCUGGGCAACGCCAACCACGAUGGUAAUGAUUUGUUCCUGGUGGCGGUCCAUGAGUUGGGCCAUGCGUUGGGUUUGGAGCACUCCAACGAUCCCAGCGCCAUCAUGGCUCCUUUCUAUCAGUACAUGGACACGCACAACUUCAAACUGCCACUGGACGACCUGCAGGGCAUCCAGAAAAUCUACGGCAUCCCCACGGCCAUGCUGGAGCCCACCAGGCCAUUACCCACCUUACCUUCUCGACGGACACACUCCACCUCCGAACGCAAGCAUGACCGCCAUUCCCGUCCGGCGCGUCCGCCCGGCGACCGGCCUGCGCUGCCUGGAAACGGCAAACCCAACAUCUGUGACGGCAACUUCAACACUGUGGCCUUCUUCAGACGGGAGAUGUUUGUAUUCAAGGACCGGUGGUUUUGGCGUCUGAGGAACAACAAGGUGCAGGAGGGUUAUCCCAUGCAGAUCGAUCAGUUCUGGAAGGGCCUGCCACCUCGCAUCGACGCUGCCUACGAGAGAUCUGAUGGCAAAUUUGUCUUCUUCAAAGGCGAUAAGUACUGGGUGUUUAAGGAAGUCACGGCUGAGCCGGGUUACCCUCACAGCCUGGUGGAGCUGGGCAGCUGCCUCCCCAAAGAUGGCAUCGACACGGCGCUGCGCUGGGAGCCGGUUGGAAAAACCUACUUCUUCAAAGGGGACCAGUACUGGCGCUACAACGAGGAGAAGCACACGGCGGACCCAGGGUACCCCAAACCCAUCACUGUGUGGAAGGGCGUACCGGACGCACCGCAGGGGGCCUUCAUCAGCAGGGAGGGAUACUAUACGUACUUCUACAAGGGGAAGGAGUACUGGAAGUUCGACAACCAGAAGCUGACGGUGGAACCCGGAUACCCCAAGUCCAUCUUGCGUGACUGGAUGGGCUGCGACCAGUCUGACAUGGAGCGCUCCGGCAGCAAGGGUAACCGCGGAGACCGCCAGCUGCCCCUUGACGAUGUGGACAUCAUGGUGACCAUCAACGACGUCCCGACGACAGUCAACGCCAUCGCCGUGGUGAUCCCCUGCAUUCUGUCGCUGUGCAUCCUGGUGCUGGUGUAUACGAUCUUUCAGUUUAAAAACAAAGGAGUGCAGCAGAACACCAUGACCCAGCACUACUACAAAUACCCUGUUCAGGAGUGGGUAUGACAGGCAACUCUCCUUUGAAGAGGUCAAAGUUCAUGGAUUGAAGGGGGUCAAGCGGUCGUCAUGUUGUUUGCUAGCUUAUGUUGGCUAAUGGCCAAGGACGCUAGCGAAAAACAAUGGAACAAUGGAAGUCAGUGCUGAAAGACGCUGAUUGUGCUAGCUAGUGAUAAAAGGGCGCACACUGAAAAUGCUCUGCGGAAGUAGAUUUAGACAUUGGUGUGUGUGUCAGUGUGUUCGAGAGAGAGCAAGAGUGCCUGUCUUGUGACACAAGCACUUCAGUGUAAAACAGGAAGGAUACUGAUUUUGUCUUUUCCUGUUCCUCACCGGGCAAGGACGCUUAAAACAAACAUGGCUGAGGACAGUGAGAACAACUCUGCAAAGCCUCCGGGAGGAUCUGAUUAGCUAAGGACUGAUAAGCAGCAGAUUUUUCAGUCUUGCACACCUGAUUUGCUCACAACUUUCUGGCUAAGUGAAACGGUGUCUUAUGAGUGGUACUGAACUUUGACUAUUUCUUCCCGGACCUACAACACGACUCUCCUUCUCAGUGAAAAUAAAAAGAAAGAGGAUUUGGGGCAGAAAGAAUAUGCUCCUUAAAGCCAGACACCACCUCCAAGUUUGUACAACAGCUUGUACACGUGAACUACUUCAACUAUUAAGUCAGAUGAAAUUUCAUUUAAAAAAAGAAAAGAAAUUACUUAAAAAUAUAAAACUUGAAGAUAAAAUUUAGGUAGAAAACCAAGAAAAGAAAACCAAGGAUCUCUCUGCGGAUCACUGGAUUUUGUUUAAUUUAUUUUAAUUUAAUUGGAUGGAGAUGUAAAACUGUUAAAGAGGACCUUUUUCUCUCUUUUUUUUCACCAUACACAACAAAAAACAUCUUCAUCACCAUUAACUCCGACCUUUUUCAACUCCCCUCAGCUAGUCAAACAAAAACAAAAAAAUGCUUUGAUUUACACAGCUUGGACUGGUGGGUUUUGGCAGAUGUAGAAUAGCUAGUCAUCAGCAUAUAAUGAAUAGAUUAAUGACAGUUCAACAGCCUUAUCUCUGUCUCAACAGGCCUAACACAUUUGCUCAUCUUUAUUUAACAAGCUGCACACAACCUGGGCCAGUAUUUAUCAAACUGCUAAGACUGAAACGUUGGACUUAAGUGAAAUAAAGUAAAAAGAAAUCCUUCACUUUUAUUCCUACUCGCAACAUUGGGAAAUAAAAGCUGUUUAUCAAAUGUCUUGACAACAACUACAACUUGAAAAUGCUCUCAAAUUUAAGGGAUCUCCACAGGUGUCUUGAGUUAUUUAUGAGUGAAUCCUAGAUGACUGCAGUAAAAAGGUGAGCACACACCUGAGAAUAUUUUAAAUUUGUAAUCACGUUCCAUUUCUUUUACAUAUCUUUUCUACCAGCAACAAAAAUUCUUGGAGUAGAAUUUUGUUUCAAUUUCAGCCACUUUCCUAUUAAUUCAUCCCUAUUUAUAUGUUAUAAAUAUAUUAAACUGAUGUUAUUUUACAUGUUAAUUGCUACUUGAGAUAUCAAGGAUUUCACACAGAUAGAAUGAAAAGUUACAUGUGUUUUUGCACAUAUAACUAUAAGGAUGUUGUUGUUUUUUUUAUAGAAUUAACAAUAUGACAGAUGUAGGGUAAAUCCUUGCGUCUGAUUGGCUCUUCCUGCUCUGAACAUGCAUGUGAUAAAUGGCGUGAGAGCUGCUUUUAAAUGGCACUCUUACACUUUGCUGUAAGUAGGAGUGAAUUGAUUGAUAAAUGUGUCUGAAUGCUCACGCUCAGGAAAGAACAGUUUUAAUCCUAGAUUGGGUCUUAAAGAGCGUUGUGUAAUUCUGAGUUUGAUAAAUACGGGCCCUGAGCUGAACUAGUUAGCUUAGUUUGUUCCUUGAGUCUGUCUUUAUCCUGCAAAAAGGGAGGAAAUAGAAAGUGAAGGGACUGGGAGGCAGAAUAAAGCUGGGUUGAAAUAGAGGACAUAUGUGGGUCUGUAUUAGUAUGCUGGCUGUGGCGCCGCGACAUCAACAGAGCUUAAUGAAGUACUUCUGCUUAACAAAGCUCUAAUAGGGACUACUCGCCCUCCACGUCCCUCGCUUUAAUCCUACUGUCCUCCCUGUGUCUUUUCUCACUGUCCUCUUGUAAUUCUUCCCGUCCAUCUGGCCUCUCCUCUCUCAGUCCGUUCGCUCUCUCCGUCUGUCUAAUCUUCCCCCCGUCUCUUCUGUCCAUCUGUGCUGCUCUCCCUCGCUACUUACCUCGUCUUUCUUUGCGUCUUUUCACCUCACAAUUUCUUAUCAAGACACAUUUAUCUGUAUCCAGAUAUGUGUCUUAUAUUGCUUGUUCGUGUUCAGUCAGUUCAGUCAUGCUGCUUUCAUUAUGAUUUAAUAAUGCUUUUAUUGUUGGUUAAAACUAAUGAGUUUGUAAUUUGUCUCCAGUUUUGUCAAAAGCGCCAACAUUUCUUGUUGUCUUUGGCUCUAAAUUGUUGACUUUUACUCCUCACAAGGAUUUGUUGACACAUUUUAAGGCACCUUGCAACAAGACAAUUCAAAGUGCUUUACAUAAGAUAUAAAAGGUAUUAAGAAAAUAAACAAUUGGCAAUAUAAAAAGAUACAUUUAAGUAGGAUUUAAAAGAGUAAUAUAAAAUUGUAGAUAAAAAGAAGGUAAAAUAGAAUAAAACAGGAGAAUAAAAAUUACUGUGCAGUGCAAGAUAUGAGUAAAUAGUCCCAAAUUAAAUUUAAUAUAAGGCAGUGACAAACAGAAACGUCUUACUGACUCUGGGAACAAAAAGCAGACCUGUUCCAGACCAUCUGAGAGGUCUGCACGCUUCAUUACGUAGCAGCAGAUCAGAAAUGUACUACGGCCCGAAACCGUUCAGUGCUUUAUAAUCCAACAGCAGCAUUUUAAAGUAAAUUCUAUGACACACAGGAAGCCAGUGCAAAGAUCUGAGAAAUGGGAUCUCUCCUGGUCUUAGUGGGGACUCUAGCAGCAGCUGUCUGAUCUGAGACCUGUAAAGACAGCAUUACAGUAGUCGAGCCCACUGAAAUACACGUAUCGACAAGGAUUUCUAAAUCCGACUGAGACAUAAGUCGUCUAUUCUUGAUAUAUUCUUGAGGUGAUAGUCGGCUGAUUAUGUAAUUGUCUUAAUGCAGCUAUUGAAAUGUAGGUCUGAGUCCACUUCCGGCCUGGUUUGUGGUCUUUAACGUUAGCGACUGAAGCAGAGCACUGACUUUUAAUUUAAAAAAAAUGUAAAAAAACAAUUACUUAAGUUUUAUCUUUGUUUAACUGGACAAAAGUUUGACACUCAGCGCUUGUAUGGGACCGUAGUCACCUGGUGAUAUCAUUACAUAAAUCGGUGUGUCGUCUGCAUGAUUGUAUUAUAUGGUAAGAUAUUUCAUUGUUUUCUAUAAUCUGAGCUAGUGGGAGCAUGUAGAUGUUGAACAGAAGAGAAUUGAGCCUCGGGGAUCUCCGCAUCAUUUUAGUACGCUCAGAUGUGUGAUUACCAAUCGACCCAGAGUAGUCCCUGUCCUUCAAACAGGAUUUAAACCAGUUUAGCUCUGUGCCAGAAAGUCCAACCCUAGUCUCUCUAGUAAUAUGUCUAGACAGACUGGAAACAACUUGUUACUUUUCAUGUACUUUACACAAGUUGUGUUGGAAAAUGAGCUAAAAUGUGUUUGAUGUGAUCAGUGGUUUCUCUAAGUCACCUCCAGGCUUUACAGGAAUGAGGAUUUAUAGGUUGUAUACGUUUCUGUGGGACAAGGCAUGAAAUUUUAAGAUAUUUACUUCAAUUUAAGGAUUUAAAGUACAACAACCUGCAAAAGGGAACUGUUUUAUAUCAAAUACAUUAGAUUAGCACCAUCUAAUUUUGACUCUAAUCACCCAGGUGUCAGGUAUGGUCACUUUUCCAAUCUCAGAAAGACAAAUUAAGAUUUGAUAGAACAGAUCAAACACUCCAAAAAUGUCGUCAUUUUUCCUCUCUCGUGUCUUCUGGCCCGCUUGGUAAACAUGAAGGAGCUAUGUGCAGUUUACUGUUGGUGUGUUACACCAUUUCUGAGUAUUUUCUGGGAAGUUUGGAUGUUUUUAAACAGCAGUCAUUUUUGGAUGCCAACAUGUAAGUUCCUAUGUUCAGCUCUGAUGGAAAGAUUUAUCCAGCUGAGCACGCAGAGGGGAGGGAGCUUUGAGUCAUCUUAUUCAACACUCAAAUCCUCAGCAUUCCUUCUAACUUAGCAUGCUUUAUUUAAAUGCACAAGCUGCUCAUUUAAAUGUCAUUAACAUAUGAUUCAUAAUGGUUCAUUAAGAGGCCAGCCGGCUCUCCAGAGGGGGUUUGGAGUCCCCCAUCCAUGACCUCCCACCCCAGGCUAGAAAUCGCUGUUGCAGGGCAAGUUGGGACAUCCUAACUGAGUCACUGUUUAUCCAGCCUGUCUGUUUAACUCAUUUUCAGUUAAAGAUUUAAAUGCCUCUCUUUGGGUUGAGAAGAGAUCAUGAACCGUUUUUAAAUGCACCGUCAUCGGGCAAACAACCUCCCUGUUUUUAUAUUGUUCCUGAAAAGUUGUUAAAAGAGUUUCUGACUAUACUAUCAUGUAAGCAUCCGCACACAAAUAAUGCAGUAGGGUGCAGCGUGUCUUUCCAAAUCAUUUUCAAGGCUACUUUAGACUGCAUACAUUUAAAAGGGUACAUAAUGUCUCUCUCUGUCUCCCUCCCCCCUUGUUCUUGUUCUCGAUCGCUCAGCUUUGUACCUUAUUCCCGAGCUCUGUGUCCUGCAGUAACUGAAUGUGUUCUCGCCGCAUAUCCUUGCAAUUACUUGCUGCUGUCAAGAGCAAUUCAGCACAUGCAGCAUUCAGCACAAAUCGAUGUUCUUCAAUAGCCUCCGGCGCUAUUUGACUCGGCGGAAAAUCGCAAAUUUGUUCCUCGAGAGUGUACAAUAAACACAGAACAAGACAUUCUGCUCCUUUUUACCUUUAAGCCUAUAUACAGCAUACAGAAUCUGUCUGCUGGGAGUUUGUGGAAACAUGAAUGUCUAUCCAAAGAAAAUUGCCUAUUGGACCAAACUUGUCUUUCUCUUUGUGUUUUCUCAGCUUGAGUGUGAUAGUCUGGACAGAGCUGAUUGAUUCAAGCAAAAAAUAAGUGAGUAAAAUUUGAAAAGUUGCAUUCCAAAAGACGAUAUCCGACAUUUGGAUGAAAUGAAGGCUGACAUACAUCAAUUAAUCUUCCAAUUAUUUUCUCAAUUAAUCAUUUUUUUUUCAGAGAAGAGCGUUUGAUGAGCCCAAAGUGACAUCUUCAAAUUGCUUGUUUUUUCUAACCAACAGUCCAGAACCACAAAGAUGUUUAGUUUAUGAUCAUAUCGGACAAAAAAAGUAGCAGCAAAUAAUCACAUUUGAGAAGCUGGAACCAACAAGUGUUUGGCUUGUUUACUUGAGAAAUGACUUAAAUGAGUAAUUAAUUAUCAAAAUAGUUGCCAUUUAAUGUUCUGUCGAUCGAGUAGCUCUAGUCACAUACAUAAUUUGAAUAUUUAGUAUGUGUAUGCUACAUAACGUGUAGGCUAACAAAAUGUGUUGCAUCAUAUAAUUGAAGCUGAUAUGGAAAAUAUUACUGUCAAAGUUGCACCAAUGUCAUUUUUUUGAAAUAUUAAUUGAUGAACUGCUUCUUUCGCAAAGGAUGUCCUUCACUUUGGAAUGAAACCCUUCGAUAUUGAUGAACUCAGAACUUCUUAAUAAUUUGGUCACAGUUACAAAACACUGAAGAUAUGGCUCAUGAUAUCACCAGAUUAUUAGAAAACAAGAUUGUGCAAAUUGACAGGAAAUGGAAAUUAGCUUAGUAUGUUUACUCACAGCAAAACUAGCAUUCAUGUGGAGUUAUUGGGAUGAUACUGGCAUUGAUUAUUGCAACCCUAGUUUAGAAAGGCUCCAUUUCUGGACUGUUUUGUCUCGAUACCACUGUGUUAUGUUUUAAUUUUUUGAUUGUCUUCCUUAAUAUUUUGGGGGACAACACUGUACAGGUCAAGCUAACUAUUUUAUCAGUUCAUUUCUUUCUCAGCUGAAACUUUUACUAAUGAAAAACACUUCAGGUUUUCUGCCUUUGAGCACUUCUUAGACUAGACGGGCAAAAAGGGGGAUAGAUAUGAUGUGAUCCUUGUACUUGUUACGGUGGUUAUCAGCUGUGUGGUGUCUCUACUUGACACUGGUGCACUUUGUAAAUAGCAGAGCUCCAGGCUAGUUGUGAAACAUUGCAGGUUUGUCAUCCGUUGAGUGUUUUGAUACUCUGUGAUUUAACAUGAGAGAUGAUGGGAAGCUAGAGCCGUAGCGUUCUCUCGGUGUGUUCUCCCUGAGGGGGGGAAACAUUUCAUCGAGCUAAGUAGGGGUUUCCAUCCCACUUCAACACACCCACAUGUAACAAUAAUAAUAAUAAUAAUAGCUCCUAGUUCAUUUCACUCCCUCUCGCCGUCAUUGUUGUUCUUGGUGCUCAUUCAUAAUGUAAAUGACAGAGGAGUUGUUGCUGAAAAUAACUUGCAUACAGGAUUAUCACUACUUCAGCGUUGCUAUCAGGUACUUACUGUAGGUUUUACAGUAUCAGAUGUGCAGGCAGAUUAAACCACCAUUCAUCUCCCUUGUAUGUUGCAAGCCACUGAGUCGCUGCACUGAUGCACUCGGGAUUAAGUGCCUUGCUCCAGGGCACUUCAGCAGUAGAUGUCGAGGGAGAGAAGAGCGCUUCUCAUGCAGUUCCUCGUGCUGAUUUCUACAGCGCAUUUUGGGGCAUUAAAGCCGGCGACUUUCUGGUCGGUUGCUUGAUUCUUUUACCGGUUCGGGCUCCGGCCGCCCCGAUGUCGCUUUGACGUCGAAUGACUCCUGUUCUCACAUCAUCCUCAUCGGGUUACGGCGGUUAUAUAAAAGGACACUUCGCGCUGGUUUUACCAGUUAAGCAGUGAGUUCACCUUGGCUUGUUGAGUGGACUGCAGUACUUAAUGAAAGAGGGCAGUUUGUUGAAUUUUAACAAGGGGGGGUGGUGAGCAGGUAAAACGUUCUUUUCCAUCAUGCUUUGCCUGGGGGGGAAAAAAAGACUUUCCUCCGAUACGUUUAAGUCAUUUGUUCUGUGCUAAAGAGACACCACCCCCCUUUAUCCCUCUGGGAGAAAAGUCUGAAACUGUGUAUAUAUUUACUGAGAUUUACAGAACAGCAGUUUACAAAAGUACAGUGUAUUUCAGCAGAUGUCUGUUUGUGGAAAUGGAAGAAGGGCACUUGAAGAAAACAUACUGCAGUGAUUUAUUGUCGCUUAUUCAUAUUACUUAUGGAACACACAUAAAGACAAAAUAUAUGUACAUGAGACUUUUUAACUCUGUGGUGGACGCUGUCCGUCCACCUCGCUUCUGUUUGAAACGUAUUUAUUCAACUAGGCUCUGUAUUUGUCACAGAGGGGCAAAGGGUCCUCUGAAAUAUUUGCCUCUUGUAUGGUUAUUGUAUGCAGACCUGGGAUAAACUGGCACUGAAACGUACUUCAUUUACGCUGCUGUUAUUGGAUUUGUCUGCCUUGGAGUCCAACCCUGCCACAACUCAAUCCUGGUCACAUUUCUCCUCUUUGGACAUUUCACACCACUUGCUGUGCAUCCACCAUGUAAGCAUUACUUUCAGUUCAAAAGAGGAAGAAAGGAACUCGGUUGCCACCGUGGCAGGCAGAUGAGUUCAGGGAAAAAAAAGAAAUAACUUUAAGAAAUAGAGAGAAGUUACAGUUUAGCGUCGCAGUUUCCUCAGAAGAGGAGCGGAGAAGCUGAUCUCUAAGAGCUCGGUGAUGUCUUCACCUCGGGGUCGUUUUGUCCCAGGUCUGGUGAUGGUCUGGACAACAGUGAGUUGCCUUUAAAGGUAGACUUAGUUAUCUGAUAUCGCCACUCCCAAACAGGGGUGACGCUUGCCAAGGAUGGAACAUCUGCAUUACAGUCAUUUCAGAAAACUAUUAACUUUAAUCACUGAGAAGCAACGUAGUGAUGCAGAUUUGUUGUGUAUGUGUUAUACAAACAUUUGUGGAAGGCAGAGUUGCUGUGGACAUAGAAAAAAUCUUGGUAACACUUUAUUUGAACUGAUAUGUAAUUGUAAAAAAAAAAAAAAAAAACAUUAUAAAGACUAAUGAUACACUUUCAGCUGAUUCCAAUUAAUUGGCAGCGUAACCUUUUACCAAAGCGAUUGUAUUUUACAUAGUGCACAGAAGGUCAUAAGGAAAGCAUAUAAUUCAACAAAUAUGGACAAUUACAAGAAACAGUUUAAAUUGUCAGUUUUUCCAGUCAAUAAAGUUUUAGCAUUUCUUUUAAGAAAGCUGUUUAUGAAUCUACAUUUAAGUUCUAAAUAAUUUCCUGGUUCUUUUCUGUGUGUAGAAAACUGUCCCUAUUUGCCCUUUAAUUAGUACCAAACUACAUCGUUCUUUCCACAAACUGUGAUUAGGAGAUGAUUAAAGGAUAGGUUCACAAUGUUUCAAGUCUCUGUUAAAACAACACUCACAUGCCCAUAUGUACACUGAAGCAGGUUUUACUUGCUGUAAUCAUUCCUGCUGUUCAUACUGGCCUUUAAGAGAUCCCUUCCUAAUGUGCUUCCAGCGUCAGUGAUGGAGGACGAAAUACACAGUCAAAAUCUUCCAAAGUGAGUUAGACAAAUCGAGCGGGGAUCUUCCAAAAUUACAGUCUCUUUGGUACAAAAUUCAGUCGUUUGUGUUACACCCCCUAGGUUCACUGUGUGUCAUUUGCUUUUCGUCAUUUGGUUGAUUAGUACAAUAGCACAAUAUCAACGGGGUCCUAUAUUAUUAUGUAGCCUUGUGGCCAAACCUUUUGUAGAGGGGCCCUGUGUCAAAGAUUAGUCGUAACACCUUUAUUAUUAUUUUAGUUUAUAGCCUGCUCACAUGGUGCAGUUUCAUAAAUAAAGUUGUGUUUCAUCAAGUCACAGAAAACCUGGGGCCAGGUGUAAGAAAACUGGUUGGUUUCUGGGUCUCUGCAAAUAUGAAGAAGCUGCCAUAUAUAGUGCGUUGUUUGCAUUGUACAUGGUGGGAACUUGGAGGAAACAGGGGCCCGACAGCAAAUCUGUUGAUUAACUUAAACUGCCAAAGCAUCAUAAUAACGUCUGCCAUUAUGAACAGCAGGAACGAUUACAGCAAGCAGAACCUGUUUUAAUAUUCAUAUGAGCACCUGACAGACUUGAAAAAAACGUGAACCUUGCGGCACCUGAAAAAGAAAAGUGAAUGCAGUUAUGCUAACAUUUUUUAGGUACAUUUUGCCUUCUGUUAAAGUUUAUUCUUGACUAUCCUCGGUAAGCUACAUCCAAGACCAUGAAUGGCACGAAAAAAUAAAAAGUAACCUAACGCCUUUCAAACUGUCCGCAGGUUUUUAAAAUAAUAAUAAUAAUAAUAAAACUUUAUUUAUAGAGCACUUAUCAAAACAAAGUACAAAGUGCUUCACAACAAGAAAAAUAAAAUAACACAGUGAAUGACGAAAUAUAAAGAAAUAAAACACAAAUGUUGACUGCUUCACAUUAACCGGUCACUCUGAUAUAACUGGCUCUCUGCGUCCACCCACUGAGUUAAAGCUCACAUUUUCUUCCACAAAUUUCAAGUUUUAUUACUAAAAUCACAUUUCACAACUUUUAGUGUAUCAGUUCAAAUUCCAGCUUAAACAGUAGAAACCCAUCUCUGGCAAACGUUGCUGUGAGUUUGAAGUGUGGCUUCGCCUGACUAAGUCUUCCUUUAACUUGCCUGUUGUUGCCUUUAGUUUCUAAUGUUCUCUUUUCUUAAAAAAAAAAAUAUAUACAUAGGUGAAUAAAAACAUAUCAAAGGUAGUCUGGGCAGACUUUUUGAAGUAACAAGAUAUACUGAAGUUCUUUGGAUAGUAUAACAACUACUACUACUACUACUUCUAGAGAGAUUUUAUCAGCUAUAGCUUUAAGAGAGAUUCAAUUCAGUUAGUUUUUCUUAUAAAGAAAAGGAAACGUUUUCUGUAAAUACCUUAUGGUUUUUCUUUGGUUUUGGGUUUUUUGACUAAAUGGGUUGAUUAUAAAAUCAAAAUGGAAAAAAAUCUGACCUUGGCUCACUACUUUACAUGCAAAAUGAUGCACCAUUUUGUUUGUGGAUUAUUUUUUUUUAUAGAGUCUUCAUGUCGUCCUUUCCAGUCGGACAUCAAAUAUCAGCUCAUGUAAAUAGAAAGACCAACAAAAUCUUUUGAAAAGUUUUGUAUUUUUAUUUCUUUCUCUUGUUUAAGAUGAAAGUCGUCAUCCUUUGCACAUAAUAUACCAUUUUUAUGACGAUGCUUAUAUUGGAUAGGCAUGUUUACGUUAAUGACUUGAGAAUAUUCUGUAAUUCAAGUUUUAUUUCUAAUGAGACGAAGUUUAAUUAUUUAAAAUGCUAACAUGACUGGAACAAAAAAAUACUUUUUUUCUAUGUUUGGUUUGGUUUUACUGUCCCACGCCAAUUAUAUACCAAUAACACCAUGUUCUGUUAACAAUGAAAUGUCAAUAAAAGUGAAAACUUCA